AUGCGUCGAAAAUUUCGGGAAUUCUUCGAGCGCGAAGACGAUACCCCGGUGCUCCGCGUGACGAACACAUUUGCCCCAGGGUGGUACAUCAAAUGCGAGGCGACGAACGUCGAUGACGAGGACUGGCUGUCCUGCUACCUCGAUAGCACUGACUGGGGUUGGAUGAAAGCCAUGUCAAAAACCCGAGGUUGGGACCGAUUCGAAACCCUUCGCAACGAGAAUGCAAUCUAUAUCAGGGUGGCCAUUCGCGCCCAGUUCAUAGCACAUUCUUCCCGAACCAGCACCGGAACGCCCUCCAAUCCGCAAGAUUUGUUCGCCAAUAAAGAAGUCAUCAGGACAGCUUGCCCUCGGCUGGCGAAUAGUUUACAUAACCCCAGCUCGGUUCCAGAAGCUACGAAGGGCUUGUUUGGCGUGGACAAGGGUUGUCCUCGUCAUUUUACCUCCAAUGUGUCUACUCUCGACGCCGUCUUCGUCGAUCCUGACUCGGAUUUCGAAGACGAGGAAGAGCGAAACGACCAGAGAUCUAUUGCCGUGUCAAAGAUGGGGGAUUGUGUAACACCGGACGAGACUAGCACCCAGAACGGGGUCGUCUUUGACGGAGAGUCAUGGGAAACCAACAUGUCUCCGCUUGAUGAUAGCAUGUCGGAAUGGUCAUUUGAAGAUGCCACUGCACAGGCCAGGGCGAAUACAGAUCCUCGCGCUACUCCAGUUCAGACAGUGGAGCCUCCUCUGCCUAGUACCACUCUCACAGGCACUGCUGCCUCUACGUAUGUCUUUGAUGAUGGUCACAUACUGGGAUCUUUCCUGUUCUACUUGUACACGGGCGUGGUCGUUUUCGCGCCGUUGAAGAGCCGAGGCGAAAUCGCCCGCAAGAAAUUCAUAACUGAAUACAAAGCCAAGAACCCGCAUCGACCUAGACCGUGCUCUUGCAAGUCGAUGUACGAUCUUGCGCACCAGGACAACAUUGUUGCUGAAAUCUUCACGGAGUUCGCCUCCCGGUAUGGAGAAGUGAAGGACAUGGAACUUCGUACCCUUAAGGAACAUUGGGGGGAGCUGAAGGGCACAGAGCAAAUAUCACAGAUAUUACGGAAGGUUGUUCGAGGCGAAUUGCCCAUGCUGCGGCCAUCAUGGAAGCCAUCCUGUAAUGCGCUCGAGGGUGGCACGGGGCAAUUUGUGCCACACAGGUACCUCAGACAUGCCCAGGCGACGAAGGAGGCUCUGAGCUGCUGCGAGGCGGAAUCCGAGUCCGGCGUAAUAUAUAACAGAUUCAGUGGAACUCCUGUACUGCAAAUGAUUCGAAAGAACACCGUAUGGUAGCAGCACGAACAUCUGAACCAUGAAUUGUUCCCUGCUAGGUUAAUGAGGUGGAAAGCCACGUCGCGGACCGCAGUUGUGUCACUUGCGUUGUCACAUGGAAUCCCCAGCUACAGUGGUGCCUCGAGUCAAAGCAAACCACCAAACACG